AUGGCAUUGUGUUGCUUUCUAGCCAUAUUCUUCGUCCUCUACCUCAACCGAGUCUUUGCAUCAAUCGUAUCCUACGCGCUUCGAGCCUACACAUGGCACCACUAUCGAAUUUAUAUAGACUUCAAGGCCAUACAGAUAUCCCUUCUCGGCGGGCGAAUCUUCUUCACGGGUCUACGUUAUCAUGGCGAGAACGAAACCUUCAUGGUCCAACAUGGCUAUAUAACAUGGCGAUAUUGGCUUCGACGAGUCCGAGAUGCAAACAUAAUCGACGCGCGACGAUCUAAAGCACCCACUACAGAUGCUACGCCGACGAAUGAUACCAAGAACGCCGAACUUCCAUGCCGUAUCCAGGUGGAUCUGAUCGGAUUGGAAUGGUUUGUGUACAACCGUAGCCCAGCCUACGAUGGCAUCUUGGCAGGACUUACCGAAACCCAUGACCCGGAACCUCACUCAAGCGGAGUUUCAGAGAAGGAAGAUGCCAACGUUCGGCUGCGUGGGGGCAAGAAAGAGAUGGGCUCUUCAGCUAGCGACGAGAAAGGGGCAGAUGUGAAGCGGCAGUUCACUGCGCGAGCUAAGGACAUAUUCCGGCGUACGACGACAGGUUUCGGAAGUGUCGACGAUGACGAGAAUACCAAGGACGAGCAACCCGAAUUACCUUUCAUGCUUCGGUUAUUUCCGGUGUACAUUCGAUGCCAAAAGGCCGCCGCUGUUAUAGGCAACGAAAACACGAAGGCCAUCCUUAUCGCCAAAACUGACUCGCUGGAUGUAGAAGUAGACGCCUCAGAGACAAGUACACCUGAUCCAUAUCGGCAAACAUUCAAGGUUCAGUUACAUCAUCCAGUCAUUGAAAUCAAGGAGAAUGAAGAUUUUAAGGAGGAUCAAGUUGCACGUGCAAUGCGAGAUCGCGAUAACACUCACAAUCAGGAAGCAGUGUCUAAGUGGUCAUUGUUCCGUCAUCAUCGCCGAAAGGCUGUCAACUCGCUACGGAACUUGGUCCCGUAUUGGCGGCGUUCUGUCGAAUCUUUCUCAAGUGAUACGCGGACUGCCAUGACUACAGCGACGUCCCAAGUUCCUGGGGCCAACCAGUGGCAGGGUCUGACCCGUUAUCUGGACGACCGUGACCGAGACGAUAGGGCUCGUUGGGCAUCUGUAGAGUAUGCAGCUGUGACAACGAUUCUUGACAGCCCUGAAGCAGUGCUUUCAGUUUACUGGGACGCCGUGGGCAAGGUUCCGGAGCACCCUCGUCAUGGAGGCACAAACCCAUUUCCAAUCAGCAUUAAUGGGGCUGAGCCUCCUGCUUGGGGAAUAACCUUUGCAAUAAAGGGAGGCACUAUGAACUAUGGCCCUUGGUCAGAUCGUCAGCGAGCAGAUCUACAGCGAUUUUUCUUUCCAUCGUUGUGUAAGGAUGCCACACCAGCCAGACCUCAAAAACCGGGUGACUGGAGAGUUGCCACCACGUUCCAGUUAUCCAUUGAAAUGGAUGAUGCAGUUACCUUGAGAAUACCGAUUAGGGAGGAAUCCAAGAAUUGGCGUUGGCGUGGCAAAGAACCUCCUUUGCGACAUGCCAAACCUCCAACCAAGCGAAAACAGCGAAACAGGGCGAAGAAGAACAGCAAAAGCGAUGCGACUCAAAUCCGGCCAUCAGGUUGGCUCGAAGUGAAAAUACCAGCCAACUCGUCAAUCAAGUUCGUUAUGGACAUGUUGGCCAGCUCUACGGGUUACACAACCAAGCUCAACGUUGACUUACCAGGGUCGGAGCUCUGGAGCAGCGUCAAUCACGAUUUGCUGUGGCGAUCUGGACCUCAGCGGAUAUCGUGCGAUCUAUCUAAUCCUUUGUCCUGGAACUCACUCAGAAACUGGCAUUUUACAAUCACUAGCUCCCAGAUGGAACUUUUUAUGCUGAGAGACCACAUCUUCCUAAUUACAGAUCUCGUCGAUGACUGGACAACUGGUCCGCCUGCCGACUAUCUGGUUUACGUGCCCUUCAAGUACCACCUCAACCUCAGUUUGCAUUCAUUAAAGGUCUAUCUCAAUGUUAACGAGGCCAACAUCAUCGACAAAGCCACUGUUAUUGAAGACAACACGUAUCUAAUUCUUUCCAGUCCUUGUUUGACUGCUGAGUCCUGUAUCCCGGCCGACUCAUUUCGACCAAGCAGGAACGCCAUCCCUUUUGAUGUACGUGCUGACCAGUUGGACAUGGCACUCCAAGUUCCGCAGUGGAACACGCAGGCCGCAUUUCUGUCAUCCAAGCAGUUGGGCCAUAUUGAAGGCCUCGUGGUGGAUGGAAGCUACAAUUACAAUGCCACAACGGCGACGACAAACACUGAUACUCUGAUACUUAACGUCCGCGGCCAAUCACCCUACGUCUACCUUUACGGCUUUUUAAUCCGGUAUGUUAUUCUUCUUAAGGACAAUUAUUUCGGAGAGUUUGUCCAUUUUAGAACGUUGGAUGAAUACCAAAAUCAGCUUCAACUGAAGAAGAAGAACCCGGAUGCGGAAGUUGUAACACAACCACCUCCUAAAAAGUCCAACGAUAUGGAUGUCAUUCUCGGUGUCAGGAUCGAGGAUCUCAAGAUCAUGUUGCCAACUAACCUUUACUCUGCCGAUCGUUACGUCGAGGGCGAGCUGGCUAGUGUUUCUGUUGACCUACGCUUCACUAACUACUUUAUGGAGGUUGAGGUUGAGGUUAGUCCCGUGAGUCUCUCACUGGGGUGUAUUGAAGGCACUCUGGACUCUCCUGGCAUGUCAUCAUCCAACACCCAACUUUUUAUUGACGGUUUGCGGAUUUUUGGCCAUAAGCUUUUUGGACUCCCACCGUCUGAACCGGCCUACGUCUGCAACUGGGAUGUUUCUGUGGGUGGCAUUACUGGAGAGUGUACAAGUGAGUUUCUCGUUUCGAUCGCAAAAGGUGGCCGGGCCCUUGCCUUCUGUUUCGACGACGUUGAGAAUGCUCUUGUGCCAUACUCAUCUCUCAUCUUCUAUGACAUCACAUUUGCCCGAGUUGUGGUACAAUCGAUACAAGUCUGGUUACAUGUCGACGAGGCCGCUUUCCUUAUGUCGACUGACAGUAUCGAUAUAUCUUUCAACGACUGGGCUAGAUCACACUAUUCUAAACGCGCCGAUAUUGUCGUUCCAAACGUCCAAGUAUCAUGCGUGAACGCAGAAUCAGCAGGCAGACAGAAAGCAAGAUACCAUCAUCCGGUCGAAACAGAUGCCCAUUUUCGAACGACUGUUCAUCUUGCUGUCAUUGGACGUAAGUUCAAGUUUAGCGAGGAAAGACGAGUCCAGCAAGAAUUGGUACAAAGGGAAGAUCAGCGAACACACCGAGUCGAGUUCCUUCUUUUGCCAGAGUUUCUCGAUGAGUUUGUCCCAGAGGCUGUAGAUUCACCAGCCCAAUGCGCGCCUCCGCCUCCGCAUCCAGCGAUGGCCCUAGAAGCCGAGAUGGAUAAUGCCUCGCGCAGAACAAUAGCCUCACGCCAAUCGCGAGGCUUAAGUCACAAAUCUUCAUUUCUAUCUCUUGCAGAAUCCAGCAAUGGUAGCGUUGUACUUGCUCAGAGUCAGCAUAAAACCAGGUCCAGGUCCAAACAAGAAGGCAAUCGAGGGCCGAGGCCUUCUUCAGCAGACAACCGACGGUCUCUGCGAUCCAGAGCCUCAUUUGGAUCGCAUCGCUCUGCCAAUGACUACGCUGCCAAGGAUGAUCUUGCUCACUCGUCGGUGGCCUUCUCCAGCCAAUAUGUUUCUCCUCAAUUUCCACUGAAUGGACUGCGGCCAAGCACACGCGAGGUUCCUAUCCAGAAUACGGAAGACGACGCCGAAGAUGACGGUUUUGAUGCAAUCAGCAUAGGCUUGGAUGAUAUCGACCCUAAUGGCUUGGGCGAGGAUCAUCCCUACCUUAGUGUUAUCGUUGAGUUCCCAUCUGGAAUGUCGGCGUUCGUGAAUCCAUCAGCUUUGCGAUACGCUGCCUCUCUUCUUGAUGCGUUGCAGCCAAAUGAGCCUGAAGACCUGUUGGACAGCUUUCAAGUUGAUGCCAUGUCCAAGAUUUUUGAUCUGCAAAAAGAACGAGAGACCAAAGGCCAAAUCAAGGAUUUUAUGAUUCGAAUACCUAGCGCAUCAUUCAGACUUCUCAACUCGACUUCCGAAGACUCGCCUGGUUAUGCACAAGAGGAACAAGAUCAAUAUGAUCUGACUCUGUCGAGGGUGGCUUUAAUUGCACGGACGACGGCUAAUUGGGACGAUCCUUUCAAAGACGAAACGCGUCAUUCGAGAACCUCACUUCAGUUGCGUUUAGGUUCAGCAGAGGUCUCUGCAUCUGAGCGUAGGUCGUCAUACCAAGAGCCUCAACCUGCAGUAAUGGCGCAAAUCGAGGAUGUCACUGUAUCAAUUGGUGAGAAAGAUGUCCGAUUCAUUGACGCAGACAUCGGAUCUGUGGUAGGAAGCACAGCUUCAGGCAAAAUCGAAUAUCUUGCCUCGCUCAUUCACCGUACGGGGAAAAUUGCUUCUAGCCUUGGCCAUGUUUUUUCUGAAACGAUGGAGAAGCACGAAACCCGCCAGAAGUAUUUUACCUAUAUCCUUCUCAAACAAGGCGAGUCAAUCAACGACCCUUCCUUUCUGGUCCGGCCUUCUGCUGUACUUCGAUCUGCGGACGACCAUAUUCGUACAAACGACUCAUGGAAACUGGCCAUGCGGCUCCGCCAGAUAUGGACUGCCAUGGAUCUGCAAUCCAAGUCCCGAAUCAUCCAACAAUGCUUCAAUGCUACCCCCAGCUUACCAGCUGAUGCUGUAGAACAUGUUGUGGGUGCGUUGGAGAAGUGGCGGGGGUGGGAUAUGGAAGACUUGAAAGGUGCGCUCGUCUUGAGCAAUAUUUUCGGACGACUCAGGGAAACAGAUAUGACCGCUGAUGAUCGGCUCUCUCUCCUUGGUGCCUGUAGACUUGCUGAGCUCCAGCUAGUACUCGACCCUGGACCUAAGCAGAACAAGAUCGGCUUCAUUGGUCUGGCUGCACGAAUCGAUCAGCAGAUGCACGAGGCUGAGAUCUCACACGAAGCACCCCCUUCUCCAUUCACAACUCUAAACAUCUGCUGCGCAGAGGCAGGGAUCAACCUGAACUGGGAGCUCUGCGAGUUGGCUGAAGAAGUCUUGCAGCUCUACAGUAAGAGUCAAGCCCAGACCCAACCGGUAUCAGUUACUCCGAAGCCCAAAGGUCCAACAAAGUCUGGUCCUGCUAUAUGGCCGCCCGUUCAUGUCGUAGUUGAGGUGACUAGGGGCGCGAUUGAAUUGGAGACCAUCAAUCUCAAAGCAAAGACAUUGAGUCACGGAUUGAAAAUGUCUUUACUUCACCAGUCCAGCCACGAUUCCUCAAGUGCCAUGAGUCUGAUGCUCAACUGCAACGCCAUCACCUCGACACUUCAUAGCAAUUCUCAUUCAUUGGGCAUGACGCAAUUGAAACAUCCGAGUAUCUUUGUAUCUCAUGAGUUUCAGAACACUGACGAUAAGUCAAAUCAUACAAUCAAAGCAAGCGCUGGCAGCCGAGGUCUGACAUUUUCGGUCAAGGAAGAUCCCAUUGGGUUAAUAGAAGUUCUGGAUCGCCUUCUCGGUGACGAGAUCCAGACCUUGUAUAGCUUUAAAAACCAGCUUUCUGGCAUGUCAAAGCCCAAACCGCAAGAUGGACCGAAGAAAAUAUCAGAUCGCCUAUCAAGCGUGAGAUUUAAUCUUGCUAUGUUCUUGGAUGAGUACAGCAUCACUAUUCCGUUCCUCCAGUCCCUUACUUAUAAGAUCACCGGAACUGUGGCACGAGCUGCGGCUGCAGCCAAUUUUGGAAAGGAAAUCAUCUUUGAUUUUGAUGUCAAAGAGAAUGAUCACGAGAUGCAAAUCAAUGUUAGGAACCAGCCGCGAAGCAUUUCUAUUCUUCAGAUUCCUCCUACCAACGGCCGGGUCACUAGCCAGAUGGGUCAGGCAGAGCACCAAAUUAACGUCCUGUCCUCUCUGGAGGUUGUUCAACUUGAUGCGUCUGCUGUCUAUAGUCUGCUCACUGCGCUCAACAGACCUCAGAUAUCCAGUGCUGUUCAAGAGUUACAGCAGCAAACCAAGAUGAUUCAAGGCCGCAUUUCUGAGAUCUUUGGCGGGGAUGGAAAUGGAUCCCCCAAGACACCGACCAAGCAUAUUCAAGUAGAGCAUCAAAAUCUGAAGGUCGUAUACAAUGUUCAUCUGACAUUGGCCGGACUGCAAGUCUUUGCCAAGACAUCUCUGAAGUCAGAAGUCGAACCGAUGGCCCAAGUCUUAUUCUCUUUGGAUAGAGCCCAUUUACAUGCGUCAAACCGGCAUGAAGCUCAUGGCCCUAUCCUUAAGUACCCAGAAAUCCACCUCAACUUGAGCCACAUCGGUCUAGACAUUCGUAGAGGCCGUGAGGACUCUAUGAGGUCUUGUGGAAAUCUGGGUGUUGGAGUAGAAGUCUCUGCCAGCUCUACUCUAACUGACGAGGGGAAGGAGGAUUGGGCGUUCAACUUCAGGAGUGACGACUUCGAUUGCAAUCUAGCCCCCGAAACUAUCUCGACCGUUGUGGAUGUUCUGGGCUAUAUGGGUGAGAAGAUCAAGGAUCUCGAUACCUCACGCGAAUUGGAUUAUCUCAGAAAGCUCAGACAGUCAAAACCCAAGAUUACGAUCAACGGCGAUGAUGAGCGAGAAGAGGUUGACAUCAUUGACUCAGUUCUCGCAUCCGUGCAAUAUCAAUUCGAACUGAGAAACAUUCGUGUCCGUUGGAGCGUUGCGGACAAUGUUACUGACAAGUCCAGUACCAAAGAAGAUCUGGUUUUGUCAGUCAAACUUUUUGAAUUUGGCACAAGAACCAAAAGAUCAGCGCGACUGUCCAUCGAGAACUUCCAGAUUCAGAUGGUACCCCUUGGCCAGGAUAUGAACGUUCGCUCACUUCACUCGGCACUGUUGCCUGUCAUCACAUUUAAUAUUGCCUACAUGUCAACUGCGUCUGCGCGAAGGAUGGCAUUCCAAGCUGUCGGCGAAUCUUUAGACCUGCGGUUAACAUCUGCAUUCAUUGUACCAGCCGCUCACUUGGCCGAGUCGAUCACGCUUUCAUUGAAUAAUGUAGCACAAGCAUCAACACAGUGGAAUACUGCAGUUACGACAGAGAAGAAAACAGAUGAAGCGUCUAAGCCGCAACCACAGCGAAGUAUCUUCGGUAACAAGAGACUCGAAAGCUUGCUUAUUGAUGCAGACUUUGCCGGUGCGGUGGUAUAUAUCGCCAGCAAGAGGUCGCUGAACAAUUCAACAAAGACUGUGGGACGUCCAUUACUCGCAGGGAAAUACGGCCAAUUCAACACAGAAGAUUCUGAAAGCGGGACAGUGCUUCGCAGCCCCGGCUUGGCUUGGAAGAUCGAGUACCGUGAUGAUGCUCAAGAUGAUCCUUCAUUAUACGGCGAAAUUAAGGUUGAUGCUUCCAGCAACAUUCUGUAUCCGUCCGUUGUACCCCUGGUUAUGGACAUGCUUUCCAGCGUGAAGCAGGUUGUCAAGGACGACGAGGAACCUGAUCAGUCGAAUAUACCGGAUGACUCCAAGCCAGCACCUAACAAGUCUGGGGAAGGUGAUAAUAUCAUCACUGCGGACCCCAGUGCGGUAUUGGGUCGCCUCAAACUCAACCUGGGUCUAAGAAUCUGCAGGCAAGAGUUUUCCCUAAGUUGUCAACCUAUUGCUCGUGUUGCGGCAACGGCAUGCUUCGACAAUAUCUACUUUACAGUCAAUACUGUUAGAUCUCUUGAGCAAGGAAAUUUCUUUGCCAUUUCAGGAGAUUUUACCAAACUUCAUGCUACCGUUCAGCAUGUCUACUCGCGCGAGUCAACUGCGAGUUUCGAGCUUGAUUCGAUCACGUUAUCAUUCAUGAACAGCAAGCAUGUAAGCGGAACCAGCGGAGUGUCGGCAAUCUUGAACGUAAGCCCCAUGGCCGUGUCUAUCAACGCUAAGCAGGCACAAGACUUUUUGCUCUUCCGCGAGAUCUGGUAUCCCAGCGAGUUGCGCUCUGCCACUGCCGCUCCUGUUACAAAGAUGAAUCCAGAGACUUCUCAAAGUGGUCAUCUUGUGCAGCGAUAUCAACAAGUCGCAGCCACUGCGGCGUUCCCAUGGACUGCGACUAUCUCAAUUGCUGCCCUUGAUGUCACUAUUGAUCUUGGGCAAGCCAUUGGUAAAUCAGCUUUUGCUAUCAAAAAGUUCUGGGUAUCUUCUAAGAAGACGUCGGACUGGGAGCAAAAUCUUUGUCUAGGGUUUGAUAAAAUUGGUGUUGAUUGUACCGGCCGGCUGAGUGGCUUCGUGGCUCUGCAGGACUUCCGUCUGCGCACCUCCAUCCAAUGGCCGAAACGCGAGGAGGCUCUCAACGAGACACCCAUGAUCCAGGCUUCCAUAAGCUUCAAUGCCUUCCGGGUCAAGGCCGCUUUCGACUACCAGGCCUUCUUAGUAGCUGAUAUCACUUCCCUUGAGUUUCUCAUGUACAACGUGCGCGAGAGCCGGGAUGGCAGUGGAGAUAGACUUGUCGCAAUAUUCGAUGGCGACUCAGUCCAGAUUUUCGGAACCACAACUACAGCGGCCCAGGGCAUUGCGUUGUGGCAGGCUUUUCAGAAGCUUGUGCAAGAAAGGAAAGAGAGCUUCCAGAGCUCACUGAAAGAGAUUGAGAAGUUUAUGAAGAGGAGGUCCUUGUCGACGUCUCGAAGCACCGUCGUUCAAAUGGAACAAACACCAAAGCUGAAGGAGGAAGACACACUCUCAAAAUCACCAAUCUCUCUGGACACGGAUGUUGUCGUGACGCUCAAGGCACUCAACCUGGGCGUUUUCCCCAGCACAUUUUCGGAUCAUCAAGUUUUCAAGGUGGAAGCCCUCAAUGCAUAUGCUCGCUUUGCUGCCAGUAUGGAGCAACGUCGCAUUCAUAGUAUCCUGAGGAUGACGCUGGGCCAACUUCGCAUUGGUCUUGCCGGUGUUAGAAACGUCGAGGCACCGAAGACACUGAGCGAGAUUUCUGUUGAAGACGUCGUUCAACGCGCAACAGGAUCAAGAGGGGGGACCAUCCUCAAUGUUCCACAAGUAUCAGCAGUGAUGGAGACAUGGCAGAAGCCACGAUCAAACGAGAUCAGCUACAUCUUCAAGAGUGCGUUUGAAGGCAAGGUGGAAGUGGGAUGGAACUUCUCGCGUGUGAGCUACAUCCGCGGAAUGUUUGCGAAUCACGCGAAGGCACUCGAGCAGGUUUGGGGCAAGGAGAUACCCCUUACGGCAGUGAAGAUUACAGGAGUGCCUGGAGCAGAACAAACAGAAGGCGAGCAGCAAAAAAUCACAGCCGAAAUCGACGUGCCAAUGUCAAAGUACGACUAUGUGGCCUUGGAGCCGCCCAUUAUCGAAACGCCGCAGCUCCGCGACAUGGGUGAAGCAACGCCACCUCUCGAAUGGAUUGGUCUUCACCGCGAUCGACUACCCAACUUGACACAUCAGAUCGUCAUUGUGUCACUCCUGGAGUUGGCUGGUGAGGUCGAGGACGCAUAUGCCCGUAUUUUGGGCUCAUCAUGA